AUGUACCAUCACUUUAUCCGUCGCCAACGAGAAAUCGUCGCUCAACUUGAACAGACAUUGUCAGAUCACGGUGAAGAGAUGGCGCUGGACCCUCGCUUCUAUCACCAUCUCGGCCCCGGCAUCGGAUCUGGUUCGCAGUCUUCGGCUUCGCUGUCGGGGUUAUCUUCGGCGACGGGAAUCACGAGCCCAUCUAUACAAUCGUCUGCUGCUUCUUCUGCCGGCUUGCGGUCAACUGCUUCUAGUCCAUCCCUACGGUCACGACAAGGCGUUGUUGCCAGACCUUCUGAUGGCGUCCCGGGCCUCGGUCCUGGAGGAAAUGUUCGUGUCGUUGUAAGAGUGCGGAAGUUUCUGCCGAGAGAGCUCGAGCGCAAGGCACCAUGUUUGAUUUCAAUGGAUCCGGAUACACAGACGACGAGGCUAAAGGCACCGAGCUCCCACUAUGACGAAGGGAAACCGAAAUCGCAGGCGCGCGGGAAAGUGCUGGACGAUAAGGAAUUCGUAUUCGAUAAUUCAUUCUGGUCACACAACGAGGCAGACGAACAUUAUGCCCACCAGGAGGAUAUCUAUAACUGUCUAGGAGAGGAGUUUCUAGACCACAAUUUUGAAGGUUACCACACGUGUAUCUUCGCAUACGGUCAAACAGGUUCUGGUAAGAGUUAUACUAUGAUGGGAACUCCUGAGCAGCCCGGCUUGAUCCCGCGGACAUGCGAGGAUUUAUUCCAACGAAUUGAACACGCCGAGUCUCCGGAUGUCAGCUAUAACGUUCGCGUCUCCUAUUUUGAAGUCUACAACGAGCAUGUACGCGACUUGCUGGUUCCUCGAACUGACCCGCCUCAUUAUCUUCGAAUUCGAGAAUCACCUACUGAGGGGCCGUAUGUGAAAGAUCUUACCGAAGUCACAGUCCGGAACUAUGCAGAGAUCAUGAAGUACAUGCGCAAAGGCGAUAUAUCACGCACCGUUGCUAGCACUAAGAUGAAUGAUACGUCCUCGCGGUCACAUGCCGUUUUCACGAUCACACUGAAGCAGAUCCACCAUGAUCUCUCUACAGACGAGACAACAGAACGCACAGCGCGCAUUCGCCUUGUCGAUCUCGCUGGUUCUGAAAGAGCCAAAUCCACCGAAGCUACGGGUCAGCGACUGCGCGAGGGAUCUAAUAUCAACAAAUCUCUUACCACUUUGGGUAGAGUUAUUGCGGCUUUGGCCGACCCCAAAGCAGGACGGACGGGUAAACGGAAGGGAAAGGAAGUUGUUCCUUACCGUGACUCAAUCCUCACAUGGUUAUUGAAAGACAGUCUUGGGGGUAACUCAAAAACGGCUAUGAUUGCCUGUAUCUCGCCCACAGAUUAUGAAGAAACACUCUCCACGCUACGCUACGCUGACCAGGCGAAGCAUAUCCGCACGCGCGCGAGAGUUAAUCAAGAUCAUCUGUCCGCUGCUGAGCGUGACCGACAGAUCGAAGAAAUGGCGGAGACUAUCCGCACGCUCCAGCUCAGCGUCAGCCAAGCUGCGCAGAAUCGCCGAGAGACCGAGGUCCAGAAUGAACGGCUUGAAGAGUAUCAGCAGCAGGUGGAGAAGCUUCAGCGGCUCAUGGAGGAGAACAAGAUGGUUAGUGAAUGCAAAAUCAGGCAGCUGCAGACCGAGAACGAAGCGCUACGCAACCACCUAAAGCUGGCUUUGGAUAGCUUAAAGAAUCCUAUUCCUCCAGUGACAAUCGAGAAGGCUCUCAGCGACGUUGAUAUUCCAGACGAGGAGCAGCCGAUCGACGAGCAGCAGCCGGGCUCUCCUACUUCGGAGGCAGAAACAGAGCCGGAUCUAAUUUGGGAAGACGAGAACCUCCCACCCGACACAAGCGAGUUAGAAGCCCAAGAAAUGCAGGCAACAAUGGAGAAUCUUUUGGGCGAUCUCGAUGUCUUCAAGAGAAAGCUGGCUACAGACCACGAACGCUUUGGUGCAAGUCGAAAACACGAGGGCCGCAAAAGACGGCGGGCUCUUGGGGACAUCUUGGGGAACUGA